AUGUCGUACUCUGUCUAUCGCGUUGCCUCCGCCGGCCUCCCUCGCGACCACCACGCCAUCUUCGUCGAGACCAGCGAGAACGGCGAAAAGACCGGCCAUCUAUUCCAGGUUAAGGGGAAUAUACAGAACGGCAUGUCCUUCGAGCAGAGACCUGAAGGCCAGCCGGAGGCCUCGAGCUCGUUCAUCGACAAGCAGGAGAUCGGGGCCGGGAUAUGCGAAGGCAUUCCUCCUCCACGGAAGCAGUUCGAGGGUGCAAAGAGGCUUUAUCCCAAGGAGCCCAUCAGGCGAUGUCAGGAGUGGACGGCUGAAGCCAUACAAGCCUUGAAAGAGGCUCAGGUCUUGCUGUGA